GUUGGAAAGGGAGAGAACGAGGAAGAGAGAAGAUAGAGGAAGAAAAGAUAGAGAGGCGAGAGAAAGAGAGCGGGACAGAGGAAGAGUGAGAGAGAAAUAGAGGGAGGGAAAGAAAGCAUAGGGAGAGAAUCAGAGAGAGUGAAAGCGAAAGAAUGGAAAGAGAUAGAGAGAGAGGGAGAAUGAAGGAG